UAGGGUUGGAACCAACUCCCUGCACGCUGGCCCAGGGAGGUCCCUGGUAAUCGUCCUGCGUCCCUCUCCCUCCCCUGGGAAUCACCUCAGACCGCAGUGGAUGUUCCUAAAUUUCUGUGGACUCACAGCAGCUUCUCGGUCAGUGAUCUCCUUAAGGGCUGGAUUCCACAAGCCCUUCUGUCCUGCUGCGGGCCUCAGGCAGUGUUCCCGCCAAGCUUUCCCUAAAGACACAAACAGGCAGGCCCUUUCCACACCGGCCUCGGGGAGCCUUCUGCUGGGCAGAGCAUCCCUGCCAGGGGAAGCCAGGCUCAUUAAGUGGGAAGCCUGUGGGGCCUGCGGAAGGCAGCAGCCCUGAGGCUGUCUCCGCCGCCAGUUGGUGCCACCAAGCUGUCAGGAGGGAGUGGCCUUCCCCACUGUGGUUGGGAAAUGGAGACAGAGGUUACAGUGGGCGGCUGCAACCCUAUAAGAACCACGGAGUUCCUUCAGUGGCAAAGACCAGAGCCACAAAGGCUGAGCCAAGCUGCCGUGGCCAUGGGACCUGCUCUCCUCGCCCUCUCCUUCCUGUGGACCAUGGCCUUGACUGAGGACACCUGUCCAGAGGUGAAGGUGGUGGGCCUGGAGGGCUCUGACAAGCUCACCAUUCUCCGAGGUUGCCCGGGGCUGCCCGGGGCCCCAGGGCCAAAGGGAGAGGCAGGCACCAAUGGAAAGAGAGGUAGGUGCGGGCCGGGUGGGGAGGCCAGGCAUGGCGGGGGCCCCGCAUCUCCAGGAGACGCUUGGGAAUCUGAUCAAUGUAACACAGGCCCACAUACCUGCAAGGACCUGCUAGGCCGUGGGCCUUCCCUGAGCGGCUGGCACACCAUCUACCUGCCUGACUGCCGGCCCCUGACUGUGCUCUGUGACAUGGACAUGGACGGAGGGGGCUGGACUGUUUUCCAGCGGAGGGUGGACGGCUCCGUGGACUUCUACCGGGACUGGGCCACGUACAAGCGGGGCUUCGGCAGUCGGCUGGGGGAGUUCUGGCUGGGGAACGACAACAUCCACGCCCUGACCGCCCAGGGAACCAGCGAGCUCCGUGUAGACCUGGUGGAUUUUGAGGGCAAUCGCCAAUUUGCUAAGUACAGAUCAUUCAAGGUGGCCAGUGAGGCGGAGAAGUACAAGCUGGUCCUGGGGACCUUUGUGGAGGGCAGCGCGGGUGAUUCUCUGACAUACCACAACAACUACCCCUUCUCCACCAAAGACCGAGACAACGACCAAGAUGCUAAAAACUGUGCUGUGCGCUAUCAGGGAGCCUGGUGGUAUGCCACCUGUCACCUGUCAAACCUGAAUGGUGGCUACCUCGGGGGGGCCCAUGACAGCUUUGCAAAUGGCAUCAACUGGAAUUCGGGGAAAGGGUACAACUACAGCUACAAGGUGUCGGAGAUGAAGGUGCGGCCCACCUAG